CAGUCCCAAUCGCAUUCGCAGCCCCAGUCGCUGUGUCGCCCGUUCAAGUUGUCGCAUUCAUUGUUCCUCCCGUUCAUAUCCCACCCAGUGGAUCACACUCUAACGUAUCCUGUAUUGAGUGCGACUGUCCCCCGUCCCCGUCGCGGUUACUGCUGGUACCUAGGUAUACGUGGAUCACCCGUAGCGCCAAGGAGCAUACACGGGCAGGAUGAAUCCACAAAUGCAGAACUAUCGGCAAUACGCCCAGCCGCAAGGAAGAGGCCCGGCAGCCCGUCGGCCAGGCAAUGUCCCUCCCUCCCAUCAUGCCCAACAGCAGCACAUCCAGCAGUUGGCGAACCAGCAAUUGCAACAACGGAAUGCUGCCAUGGAGCACCAAGCGGCGCAACGACGCGCGCGAAAGCCUACCGACAAAAACCUCCCCGAAGGCGUCGAAGACCUUGUCAUUGGAGACGGCGUGAAGCAAUACAAUGACCUACGGCAGGCAGAACAUCGUCUGGAUGCAUACAUGUUGCGCAAGAGAUUGGAGAUACAAGACACAAUGAGUCGACACGUCAAGCGAGAAAAGACCAUGCGCAUCUGGAUCUCCACCACUCCCAUCGACCAGCCAUGGCAGGUGUCUCACAACGACGACGAGAACAUCACUUUCGACUCGCUUGCUGAACCCAAAUACCAGGUCAAAAUUCAAGGAAGGCUGCUGGACUGGCCCGACGAUGACAGCGACACCGAGGACGAAGACGCGAAUGUCGACGGAAAUCAAGAGGAGACCCAGCCCAAGAAAACCAAGGACACGAAUCCGCCGUCUCGACCAUUCACAUUCUUUUUCAAGGAGUUAAAGGUCGAGUUUGAGGAUGGUUUCAUGGGCGACCCCAAUUAUAGUGUCCACUGGAAGAAACCUCCCAACCACCGCCCUGAGGACGAACUCGAUUCACUCACAUUCACACGUAAGGCCGACGAGAACAUGAACGUCACCAUUUGCCUGACCCGUGAUGAGACCCCCGAGAGGUUCAAAUUGAGUCCUGUAUUGGUUGACAUGUUGGAUAUGACCGAAGCAGACCGCGCAGAAGUCGUCAUGGCCAUCUGGGACUAUGUCAAGUUAUUCGGACUUCAAGAAGAAGACGAGCGAAGAACCAUCCGCUGCGACGACAACCUCCGUCAACUCUUCGGUACUGAGACCAUUUCCUUCCCCCAGAUUCCGGAGCGCAUCCUCCCUUACCUUCUCCCGCUCGACCCGGUCAGACUCCCGUUCACUAUUCGUCUGGACAAAGAGUUUCACGAGAACCUCGAACCUACUGUCUACGACGUGGAUGUUCGGGUCGAAGAUCCCGUUCGCGCGCUGUACAUGAAGAUGACGCAGAAUCCGAAACACCAAGCACAGCUGCGCCAGAUUGCGGAGCUGGACGACCAGAUUGCCGUUUUGGUCCAAGCCAUCCAUCAUCACAAAGCCCGUCACGACUUCUUUUCUGCCAUGGCCAAGGAUCCCGUGGCGUUUUCGAAGAAGUGGUUGGCAUCGCAGAAGAAAGAUCUCAGCGUGAUCCUGGCGGAAGCUGAAAAGGGCGAUUUCUCGGGAUUGGAAUUUGACAAGAGUGGCGAGGAUGGUGUUUGGAACUCGGACCUGGUCAAGGAGGCCGUACGGUAUCGGCUGGCCAAGCAGGACGCUGGAUCUGGUCGGUAGACUAACCAGUACUCUCUUUUCUUUAUGGAGAUACCCCCGUGUGAUGGUGUGGUUGUUGUACACAGAAAGCAAGGCGUCAGGAUGGGUCACCGAGACAGGAUGGUGAGAUUUGCUACUAGUAUUACUUGGUGUUGCGGGAGAAACACAUGCACCAGUAUCUACGAUCUUGGUACUGGUAGUAGGUCAAUGCGUACCGUAUGUAUGAUUAUGAAAGGAAGCAGCAGUGCAGUGCUCCCUCUACUUGUCUUGCAAUACCUUAAAGACAACACGGAUCAUGUUUUCAACUUGUCAUACAUAAAGUUACACACAUACACAGUUACCACACUAGUAGAGUUAGGUAGAGAUGUUCUUACAGGAGAUAUGGCGAUGCAUUGCGCCGGCAGUGGGAAAU